CAGAAGGCUAGCUACAGAUCCACAGUCAAAUAUGGUGCCUGCCUCCAAAGUGCGGGUUCCGAACCCCGAAGCUCUGCUCGUUGGGAGCUCUGAGCGACUGGCUCAGACAGGCCCUGGCGAAGAAGCCCAAGAAGAUGCCUGACUGCCCUGAAAGCUCCCGCAGUGACACUUCGCAGCCCACCCCCCAGGACAGCCCCCCACCCCUGGGCCUCAGUUCGGUCACGUCUCCCAGCACGCCACUGACGCCUGCCGGUGACAGCAGCAGUGGCCGCUGGAGCAAAGACUACGAUGUUUGCGUGUGCCACAGUGAGGAGGACCUGGUGGCUGCCCAGGAACUGGUCUCCUACCUGGAGGGCAGCACUGCCAGCCUGCGCUGCUUCCUGCAGCUUCGGGACGCAACACCAGGCAGUGCCAUCGCAUCCGAGCUGUGCCAGGCACUGAGCAGCAGUCACUGCCGUGUGCUGCUCAUCACGCCCGGCUUCCUUCGGGACCCCUGGUGCAAGUACCAGAUGCUACAGGCGCUGACCGAGGCCCCUGGGGCGGAGGGCCGCACCAUCCCCCUGCUGUCGGGCCUGAGCAGGGCCGCCUACCCCCCUGAGCUCCGAUUCAUGUACUACGUGGAUGGCAGGGGCCCCGACGGUGGCUUUCACCAACUCAAGGAAGCUGUCGUGCGUUAUCUGCGGACACUCAGUUGACACUUCUUACGUCAUCAUGGGACCCAGAGAGUUGGAGGAAAGCUGGAAAUAGAGGGCCCACGCAGGGCCUCGGGUUCCAGCAGACGCGGCAGGUGUAAGGAGCCAGAGUCUGCACUUGCCCGUCAGGCUCCCCUUACUGCGAGCUCCCCAGGAAGGCUGUGGGAGGUCAGGGACUCCCCCAAGAAAGCCAUGAAGAAGCUGGGGACUCCCCAGGAAGGCCAUGAAAACGCUGGGGACUCCCCAGGAAGCCCAAGAGGAAGCCAGAAGUUGGAGGUAGUGUGGAUACCAGGAUGGUCAGCAGCGUUCUGCCUCCCGCCUAACUGGACAGGAAGACUGGCACGCACCUACGUUUUCUUGCCCUGGAGUUGGGCACUGGUGUAGACGGGUGUCCCUUCUACCUAGGCGACUCACCUGACUGAUGAAUGAGCAACCCAGACUGUAGGCCUCAACACGGAUGGUUUUCUUGGUCCCCUGGGGAAGCCCCAAACAGGCGUCGAGAGGAAGCAACAGGUGUCAAGUCCUUCGCACUCACACGGCUGCUGUUCCCUCUCCGGAGGCUGCUGUUCCCUCUCCCGAGGCAUCCAUUCACUACACUACAUCGCCGUGGGAAAGAUGCAGGCGGCACUGCGCGGCGUUUUAUUCAUUGGGUAAGCGUCGCUAAGACACAACCUAGAAGCCACUCUGUGUAUGCAAGGACGGGGAGGGAGCAGGCGGGGCAAAGAGGAGGGAAGCCAGGGCACAGGGCUCAGCCCCUUCUCAGGGGACCCAGAGCCCAGUGAGGCUGUCACAGCUGGGGCGUCACCAGGGUCCGGCCAGAGCCGGGUCUCACCUUUAGCCGGCGGCCGUGGGCAGGGGUUGGCAUCUCCCUUUGGCAGGUGGCUGUGUCCCUCGCAGGACAGGCAAGGCCCGGUUCAUCUGUUCUCAGUCAGUUUUCUGUUGGACUGGAAUGAAUUUCACUACCUCCCCCAAGGUGUAUUUUUAUGCCUCUUCUCUCGGUUCCCCCAUCGUGUCCUCUUUCACUGAAAAAAAUUAUUUUUUAAGUUAUGAGUUAUUUUGUUACAGACAAAAGGACUAAAGAAUAAUAUAGCGUGCACUCAUGUGCCCACACGAGAUUAAGAAGCAAAACCUUAUCCCUGUGGUGCUCCCUUUGUGCCCCGAACUGCAGGCCCCUCACUCGCCCGACCAGAAAUAGGCACUGUUCUGAAUUUUGAACUUACCGCUCUUGGCCCCUCUCUACAUUUACUGCGGAUGUGUGCGCCCUCCCAGCACGCUGUUCCGUGUGGCCGGUGUUGCUUUGUAUGAACCGCACCGUAACGUUUGUGCUCUGCGGGCUCCUGUCUUUGCUCCCCGUGUCUGUGAGCUUUGUCCAGGCCGGUGCCUGACACGCCGGUUAAUCUACUUUCACUCCACUGUGUAAAUGUGCUGCUAGUCAGUCACAUCCUUCCACCAACGGCACUUUGGUUGUUUCUAGUUUUUUGUUAUUAAAAGCAGUGUGCCUAUCACCAUUGUGGUGCAUGUUUCCAUGAGCAGAACUUUCCAAUAUUUAGUCUAGGUGGGGAGCAGCUGGGUAGUAAAGAACAUACAUCUUCAGUUUUACUAGAAGAUGCCAGAGUUUCCUCCAAGUCAAUUUGUGUCAAUUUAUGUUCCUGCCAUUUGUGUUUAAGAGUUCCCACUUUAGAAUUACGAGAUUUUAAAAUGUCCACUAACCGAGUGGGUGAAACUGCUAUCUUAUGGUCAUAUUUUUUCAUCAUUUUAUGAAAAACUGUGUGUUGUGUGUGUGUGUGUGUGUGUGUGUGUGUGUGUGUGUAUUCAUGUUCCAAUAGGAAAAAGUUUGAUAGGUCUCUGGUACACCCAUUACCCAGCUUCAAGAAUUACCAACUCAUAGCUAAUCUUUUAUCAACAAUAACUCUACCCAUGCCCUCACUCCUAGAUCAUUUUGAAGCAAAUCCCAGGCAUUAUUUUAUUCCUAUUUAAGUAUGCAAUUCUAAAUUAGUAGAAGUUUCUAAAAAGUAUGACAAUGUUAUCUUUUUCUUUUUUUUCGAAGGGGUGGGGGACUGUGAGGAGGGGUGUUUAGUUGCCUUGUUUGUUUUUGUUGAGAGAGUCUCACUCU